AUGGAAAAGAAGCGAAUAGAAGGUUUACUCUAUCCCCAAAUUUACUCAACAUUUUUAAUUAAUGGGGAAGAAUUUAAUAUUCAGGAUUUAACAGAGCGAUAUUAUAAGGACGCCCUAAGUUUGUUGACUGAAUAUCUAAUGCCAGAAGAAAACUUUUGUAAAUCUGUUCAAAUUCAUAAGAAUGAAGAAGCCAUGAAAGGUAUUAUUACCAGCUAUAUGAAGUUAUUUGAACAACGAAUGACACUAGCAUGUUUUAAGAAACAAACUGGAGAACUUGUUGCCGUAAAUGUUUUAGGAAUAACAAGAAGCGGAGAAACAAAAGAUGAUAUUACUGAUGAAGAUAUGAAGCUUUUACAAAAGAGUAAAAAAUUCACGAUGCAAGGAUUUGAUAUAUAUGAUACGUUCAAAACAGAUCAUUAUUUAAAUGGUUUUGGUUUGGGGGUAAAACCUAAUUAUCGUGGUCAUGGAAUUUCCGUGGAGCUUUUAAAAGCUCGAAUCCCAUUAAUGAAAUCUCUCAAUAUAAGAGUAAGUGGAACUUCAUUCAGCUCGAUUCAGGCACAAAGAGCUGCAGUUAAAGCAGGUUUCACAGAAGUCGCUUCUGUUAGCUAUGAUAAUGUAAAAAUUGCAUUUCCGAAGUUCGAUUUUUCUCGUGCUGCUGGAACUCAUUGUAAAUAUUUCAUUUUACUCAACGAAUAA